GGCUCGCUCUGGAGAGCGUUUCAGUUUGGGAUCGAUCCCGUCUCGUGUAAACGUUCGAAAUUGAUGGGAUCGAUCCCAAAUUGCCACGGAUAUGAAACGAGGCUAAUGAACUCUCCAGAUUAAGGUGCUUUGAGCACGGUACUUCGACACUUGGUCAGGUCUUGCGCGCUCUCUUCGCCCACAAGAUGGAAAUACAAAACAAGACGGGGGAAGUUUCUAUCACGAGUUUAUUGAUUAAUUAAGCGAACAGGCUCCAACCUAUAAUGUUUUAACUACCUUUCAAAUUCGAAGCCAUUUUCUUCUCAGCCUUCCUAUAAACUUGGCGGUAUUUUCUUUGUGUUGUUGAUAAUGACAUAAGCAAUACGCAUGACCAUUCCGUUCAAAAGGCCUAGAAAGCCGUGCGGUCCGAUCCGGGAUCGAUCCCGUGUAAACACAAUAUAUCUUGGGAUCUAUCAACUGGAUCGGUCCCAUUUUCCCUCUGUAAACAGGGCCAUAGAUACAGAAAAGCCAGCCAUCUGCAAUUGCUUUCAAGCUUUUGUUAUGAAAUGAAACAAGUUGUAAGGUGUCAAUACAGAUAUAGGGCACCCUAGGACAUCAAAGUAUAAGGAGAAGCAUGAGAUUGAAUAUAAAUUUCAAGAUAUUCAUUUCAAUGGUAAUAAAAAAGCAUAUUGAUUUUCCAUUUUCACGGUCGAAAAUGUUCUGCGGUCGGAAAUUUUUGCCAACGUACGACCAGCUUGUCGUUAACACUCGUUAAGAUUAAAAUCAGAAAUAUUCUCUCAGUCUUUAUCCUAUAUUGAAAAACUUGAGGAGUUAUCCACACUGUUUGGGUGCUGUUGAUAGCAGUUUUGCAGCAUGCUCAAAAUACAGUAAUUACUGACACAAACAUCCAAUUGUGCUAUUGGCAGUAGCAGAGACAGACUACGAGCGCCGAUUUGGAAACUAAUGGGAUAAUUCUGAACAGAGACGGAUGUAGCGGGAGGGUGUAGGGGGAGCGCAACCCCCCAAUAUUUCUGUGUCCUUCGGUAACUUUUUGUUUCAUUCGAUGAAAAUCAUUUGUUGGUAGUCAAAAGUAACCAAGAAAUGGCCUGGCCAAACGAAUAGAACAUCCGCAAAACAUCACAAAACAUUUUUGUACCAACAUUGUUGAACAAUGUUUCAUGUCAAACAAAUGUUAAAAAAUCUAUUAUUGUCAAGCGCUGCCGCACAGCUUCCUAUUGUCUUGACAUCCCUAGCCAAUGUGGUCUGUGACCUGGGCUUUGGUAUUCCAUGGUGGCUACCCUUUUUCCAGCCACCUGUAAAAUGGUUUUGGCUGUUAGAAACUUUUCUUGGCUUCACGAUGGUUUGAAUCGCUUUUAAAUUCACAGAUUCAGCAAAUGUCUUAAGAAAUGUCUUAUGCAUUAGUUUUCGUGACGCUUAUUCAUCUGAGUCUGAAUCUAUAAUCAUUACUUUUUAAUGCCCUGCGUCCGCAAAUAUAUAGUUUUUCUUAGUAACUAGUGGAUUUAUUAGUAGCCAUUAGUAACUUAUAUCAUUUGAAAAAUAUGUAAACUGGCAGUAGCACUGUUGCAUUGAUGAGGCUUAUUACUACACUGACGAGAUGGUUAACGGCAGUGGCAUUUCUGCAAUGUCUCCCAGCCACUUUCUCACAAUAUGUCUCGAGCUCCUUUUUAUGCAUAUGAGUCUAGGGUACAUAUUGAGGUUGCCUUGCAAGACGUAUGGAAAUUUCAGCGUUGAAAAACAAGGUUUUAUGCUUAAUGGACAUGUGCUGAUGUCAUUGGAGGUCUGGACUGUAAGAGAAUGCGAACAGCAUUGCUUGCGUCAUCCGGGAUGCAGCUCAAUAAACUGGAAGAUACCAGCAUCUGGGUUUGCUAAUUGCCAGAUCAAUGAUAAAUCGGCAGAAAAUUCGUAUGACAACGUAAUGUUAUCUCCUUCAUCUGAAUGGACCUACAAAACAACAAAUUAUACAGAAAGAAAUAUCGGUGAGUUGUGUCAAGCUUUGAAACCAUGUAAAACCCCAGAAACAUGUAUGGAUUCCUGUGAUUGCCCAGGAUACGACUGCCAAACCACGAAUUUAGGACAAAAAAGUUGCCAGGAUUUGUACGCUCUUGGCUUCAGAGAAAGUACGAGAUACAACAUUUAUCAACCAGACAUUGGAAUUUUCCCAGUCAGAUGUGACAUGGCAAGCGAUGGAGGAGGUUGGAUUGUGUUCCAGCGCCGUGUUGAUGCCAGUGUGGAUUUCUUUCGAGAUUGGGAUGCCUACAAGCAAGGAUUUGGGGAUAUGAACGGAAACUUCUGGCUGGGGCUUGAAAAACUGCACAAGCUAGCGGCUCCAGGAAAGGGGGCCAUUCUUCGUGUUGACUUAAAACACAUGGAAUUCGAAGACAAGAAAUAUGCAAAGUACAGCUUAUUUGAGAUUUCUGGAGAAUUGGAUGGGUAUCGUCUAAAUGUGGGAGGCUUCUCUGGAACUGCUGGUGAUUCACUGGCAAGACAAAACAAUAUGAAAUUCUCGACAAAGGACAAGGAUCAAGAUACAUAUCAUUCCAACUGUGCAGAAAUAUAUAAAGGAGCUUGGUGGUACAUUGCAUGCCAUGACUCAAAUCUGAACGCCCUUCAUCCUUCCUCUGGAAGUGGUAGUGUACUCGCAGGUUAUAUGUCCUGGAAAGCGAUUAGGAACGAACAUGGUAAAGUGACAUUCUCUGAGAUGAAAGUGAAGUAUCCGUAGAAGUAUUCAUUCAUAACUGUUACUUGCUAACUGUUAACUGCAAAGACUUCGAAUUUAGUUUUCUUUGUCUUAAAAAAAGUGACAAGGCCAUGGCCCUACUUUUACUCUUGCACUCUUAAGUAUGCAAAGGUUGUAAGAAAAAGGUUGUAAGAAAAGUUGUGUAAAAAGAAUUGAUAGUAAUGGCGUUUAAUGGCGUAUUGUAUAAAUUAUUUGAUGCUAGUGUUUCGAAGUGAACGCACACCGACUUACUUACUGACACAUGCUCACUUAUUUUUAAGUAACCAAGUUUUAAUCAAAUACUUAAAUUACCAAAAUACAAGUAGUAUUUUGGGCUGUCUUUAUUGAUUCUGGGAGUGAAUUCUAGAUUUUAGGCCCUUGAAAACUUCGUGAUCUGAUACCAUUGUUGGUAGUUCUGACUUUUGGAACGGCAAAAGGGUUUUUGAGACGAAAGUUGUGACCUGUUGUUUUAGGGACAAAGUAGUUUUUCAUAAAAGUUGGAUUAACGUUGUUCAGUUUUUUAUAAACUUCAAUCGCUUGAAUUGUAAUAAAUUGGGUGUGUAUGUUAGUUUCUUUCGAGAUAGCAAUAUACAUGGGUAAUAAAUCUUUAUACGAAGUUGAAUAGUUCGAAUAGGCUAGUCGUAAUGUCCUCUCGUUAAAUUUCUUUAGAUUGUCCUGCCUUUCUUAACCACAUAAACAACUAUAUCAAUGGGCAAUAGUUGAAAGGACAUAGAUAAAUGCACUUUUGAUUAUUUCUUUCUCUUAUUCCCCAUAAAUCUUGCUAAUCUUUUCAAAGGAUUCAUCUAUUUAGCCUCGUUUUUUCAGAUAUUAUCAAUAUGAGCAUUAACUUUGAAAUCUUAAUAGAUCUGAACACAAAGCAAAGUAGCAUUUUUCUUCAUUUUAAUUGAAAAUUUAUGUAAGUUUUAAACUCAUUUAUGCAUUUAUUUAUCUUUGUUGCCAAUUAUGAUAGCUUGAAAUUUAGAGGGAUUCGCAAUCAUUUGUGUGGAUUCUUGGGUGGUAUUGCCAUAACUCCUCGAAUAAGCCUCUUUGGGCUUACUGUUUGAGACACUUACUUCUUCAAGCAGAGGCUUUAAUAAGGGUGAGGGCUUGUGAAAGUCUCCAAAAACUGCCAUUCAAAUUUGUGAAGAACUUUCUCUUUUUUUCAAGUUCACUCUGAGAAACGAAACAUUUUGCAAGUCAACACUGACACUAAAAAUAUCAUGGACGGAAAUAACGCACUUCAUAAAAAGUGACAUGUCAGGGGGAAGCUUACUCUAGGUUGGGGGCUCUUUAAAAAUUUUCAUUUCCAGGUUAGGGGCUAAUAUCUGGACGUAUGAGAGAGGGUAAAUUUGCUCACGGAAAAUUGCACAAAACUCGUGUUUUUAAAAAUCAAUGACCAACUUGGGGGCCUUUUAAACUUUUAAAUAAUCUAUAAAGACCAUUUUGUAAUAUUUGAUGACCCGCCUUAAGUGGAACACAAAGCUACUUCAAUAUUACUACUUUUACAGUUCCUUGGUGUCGAGAGGAGAAACGACCUCAAAAUCAAAGCAGUUGUACAGCUUAUUGACAACAUUCGAUGUUCAGUUACAUAAGUUUCUAUAUGAUACUUAAUUGUGCUGUUUAUAAUAAUUACGAAUUUGAAACAUAUAGUAUACGUCUUAGAGAACCUUUUCAGCUACCGCAAAAUGCAUAAAGGAGAGUCUGAGCUACCGCAAAAUGCAUAAAAGUUCCACGAAUGAUGGUAAAAAUGCAAUGAAAAAGGAGUUAUUAACUCUUUAGAUUUCAUGUUGCUUAAUCUAUGGGUUUGCAAAUGUCGGGUACGAUUUGUCGGUGCAUAUCCAGCAUUCUUUUAUGGAGAAGAAACAUCUUUGCUUAUAUCCAACCUUUUUUCGCAAACGUAAUAUGAAGACAAGAGGCAGAAAUUUCUGAAAGAUACCAGCGUGAUAUUUGAGUGCUGCCUUGGGUCUUCAAGAACCCCACAACAGGUCUGCGUUUCAUUGCAGCUCUUCCUUUUGAUAGCUUGGUCAAGAAAUCUACUUGAUGCUCGUUGGUCAUCGGCCCAUCUCAAUAAGCCUCCU